AUGGACAAGUCUGUCAAUCCAUAUCAGUGGGGUUUCGCAAUCUACCGGACUGUGUAUACCCCUCAGUCGGAUGAGCUAUGGUCCUCUGUGCUCGAGAAACUGGAAUCAUACAUGGAGCUCAGCUGUAAAGACCCAGGUUAUCGAGACGAACUAUCGAAUAUUGUGGUCUGGGAUCGGGAAAAAUUCAACAAUGCGUCCAUCGAUGAGAUUCGGAAAGAUUUCAGACGAGAAAUGCUCAUUCCAGAAAUGGGCGAUGAUGAAAUCAAAUCCGACGACGACGCCGCCACGGAGGAUCGGAAACAAGACCUGUAUUGCCAAAAGCAAGCUGAGCUAGCAGAGGAACUAGGCGAUGAGGCUCUUUGGGGUGAGGUCAAUGGUUCGUACUGUCUUUUGAUUGAUGAUGAGGUCUUUCAAUCCAUCCUGAACGCUCCGGAGCCUGCGAAAGGGAUGAAAAUGAAAUGGGGAACAUAUGAAUACAUUGGAUUUGUGAAAGUUGUCACGGUUUAUGAAAGGUCCUUUAGAAAUGAGCAUUGGCCAGGAUGGGGCAAGAUUGAUUUUAGGCUGCUCUGGUGGCUGCGCGGCGAAGAUGAAAUUGAAAGAGAGGCUCCAGUUCCUCUUCCUGAACGCGAGGGUGUCUACGAACUGCCCGUCAUUACCGGUGACCUUUGA